UAGUUAUAAAUGUUUCAUGACAAGGAAGUGACUGGACCGACAACAUGGCGUUUUCGUCGUCUAUCAGAAAAGGUCAGACAGCAAUGGUUUGUUCAUCGUGUAAAAUUGACCAGAAACUUAAGUGGAAAUGCUCGGAGUGUGGAUUACUAUGUUCAAGAUGCAAGGAAACAGUUCACCCAAUAUUGAAAUCUACUUACGGCCAUCUUAUCAUUGACAUUAAGGACGUCGGGAAAAUAAAUGAAGUUCAAGCAGAAGAAAUAAAUUUUUCAAACUUGAUAUGUCAAGAACACGUAGGUCUGAACUGUUCUAUCUUCUGUACACUUUGUGGUGUGCCAAUCUGUAACGACUGCCGUGCUAAAAGUCAUGAAACGCAUAAUCUAGUAAAAGUAAGUGAAGGUUAUGAAAUGGUUUUAAAGGACUUACAGGAUGUUAAAAACACAAUUGUUCAAGAAUCCAACCGUCUCGGGGUCAUUGAAGCAACACUGCACGAAUCAAGAUUUAUUGAAAAGGCGACGUAUACACGAAUGAAAAAAGAAAUUGAAAGCCAAGAGAUUUCUAUCAUAAAUGCUGCAAAGAAACAGAAACAAAAGCUUUUAAUUGAACUUGAUGAUAAUUGGGAUAAAGUUUCUCGGUCACUUGAUAAUGGAAAUGCACAUGUUCAGGAAAACUUGAAAACGUUAUUGCAACAGAAAGGUCACGUUAACCAUUUGCUGCAAUCCAAGAACACAACGGAAGUAUUUGCUGCUUCAAAACACAUCUUAAAACCGAAGUCUACUUUACAAAUUGAGAGCUUUACUUAUAAACAUGUUCCUAAUUUUAGCAGAGGUGAAAUUGAAAACACAAAAGCAUUGUUCGGGUCAUUGGAAAAGGUCAACGAAAGACCGGGUCUAUUUCUUCCAGUGUUAAAACAGUUUCAAACAGAUCACGAAAUAAAGAGAAUUAUUGUUAGCUCCGACAACGCUAUUUGGACAAGUAACUUGCAAACAAUAUUUAAAACUAAGAUAAGUCAUGGUUCUUUGAAAACCCUGUCCAAAUUACAUGUUAAAAACACCAGCAUAGCACUGACUGGGUCAGAAGAUCUUUUAUUUGACGGUAAAUACAACCUUAGACGUGUAUCAAAUGGCACUGAAGAAAUAAAAGAAACGCUCUUAAAUGUGCAUCCACAUACAGUAACAGCAUUUCAUGUAUCACAUGCGAAUGAUAUUUUAAUAGCAGCAUCUGGGAAUACCGAGGCCUACUCAAAUGAUGGAAAAAGACUUCUCAUUAGCAUGGAUCAGAAUGGAAACCAAAAGAAAGUAUAUCAAUGUGACAGAAAUUUCAGACCAUUAUUUACUUGUAUUAUUAGCAUAUCAACAAAUAGGGAAAAUAACAUUGGAAUAGUGGACAAUACUUCUGAAGACAAUAGGGGCAGAGUUAUGGUCAUACAAGAGAACGGAGAACUAAGAAACGUUUACACCGGUCAUAAGAAUGACACACCAUUUAAACCUUACACUAUUGAAGUAACAUUUUCUGGGAAUUUUGUUGUCUUGGACUUAGUGAAUCAAAACCUCCAUAUAUUGAACCAAGAAGGACGCUUUAUCACGUUUUGUGAUAUGGAGGAUCUAAAUGUUGGCUUUAUUGGUGCUUUUUGCAUUAGAGACAGCCUUUUGUAUAUCGGAUGUAAAGCCAGAAAGAAAGAUAUAAUACACACAGUAGAUAUCUCUGGCUGGUAAAGAUUUAAAAUUUUUGUGAAUCAUUUUAGUUACAACUUUAAUAAGUAGAUACUAGUAUGAUGUGCUGUAUCCAGUUUUUCUUAAAAGUGUAAAAGAAUAUAGGUAUGGAAUCUGGGUGAAUUAAAUGUAAAAAAAAUCGCAUUCAAGAACUGAUGAAAUGUAAAAAUAAAAGUUUUUAUCGGUAGUGGAGAUAUAUAUCUAUUCAAAGAUCUUACAACACUAUUCAUAUAGCUAACCUUCAGAAUAAUAAUCAAAGAUGAUAUACAUAGCCAUUUUAAAUAAGUUUAUUUAAAAGUAAUAACUGUUUUCUGUGGCUUACAUUAUUUUUUAACUGGCGUCCAACUGUUAUCGAAAAAGCGAGAAAUAGCGAUCCUACAUUCAGAGUAAAUUAAAAAAAAUAAAACAUUUUUUCCGUAUUUUACUUAUAAAAGGGACUAAGUUUUCUGCCAGGAAACAUUACAUUCACUCUGUGGUUAAGUUUUUAAUUUUUUUCAUAACUUCCUUAAACUGGUCUGAAUUUCUACCAAACUUUGACAGAAGCUUGUUUGUGAUCAUAAGUUAAUAUCCACAAGUAAAUUCUGUAAAAAAAAAGAUACACUUGUUUGGCUUUUUAACUGUUUUGAUCUGAGCGGCAUUGAUGAGUCUUUAUGUAGACGAAACGCGCGUGCGGCGUAUUUAAAAAUUAUAAUCCUGGUACCUUUGAUAAUUAUUUACUUAUAUGGAAUACCACAAAGUUAAAACUAAAGGAGAUGGACAAUGAAAUCGCAAGAACAUCGUCGUUUAAAAAAGGAGACUAAUUAUCUGGCUAACAUUUAAUAGCGUGGAGUAUUCAUAUAUGAUUUUCGGUUUCAUUGAUUCAAAACCAGUCCGAUUCAGGCUAAUACUGCUUUUACAUAUUUGUAUUAUAGUAGUCAUAUAUUCAAUAAAGGCAAUAGUAGAUACCGCUGUUCAAAAUUCAUAAAUUGAUUGAACUAAAACUGUCCGUCACAAGACCAAGGAAUUGUUUAAGUGUGAAAUACAUUGAAAUGUGUCUGUCAAGCAAGUGUUUUUAGAUUGUUGAUAUACCUAUGUUUAUUGCUAUUCAUUGUAAUUAAAGUACGAACUCUAAUUAAAGUUAUUAUUGUUUGAAGCCUAUG